AUGAAAAGGAAAACUUAAAGCACAACAACAUUAAAAGCAAAUUUAAAUGAUGUUAAAUUUGCUAAGCUAGUCAAAUAUCCUAAUGAGAUUGUUAAGGCAAAGCUGAAUAAACUUAAAUUAGGUGUAAUCAAUCCUGAAAGUACAUUUCAGGAACCAUUUUAAAUAGUUGAAGGAAUAUAAUUACAUCCAGAUUCGAAUAGAUUAUCUUUAAAUAGCUCAUAUAAGAAGCAUCCUUAUAAACCCUUUCCAUAAAGGCAUUUAUAAUCUGUUUUUGAAUACUCUUAAUCUGAAAAUCAGACACCAAAAGAUUUGGAUUCAGAAACUAUGAUGGCAUAAGAGGUUGGAUGGAAGAAAAGCACUAAGCAAUUGUCAAAUACUUAAGAUUAUUAAUACUUUUUUAGGAAUAUGCCACCUGCCAACUAUUUUACUACAGAAAAUCAAAGAAAAAUUAUAUGUUAAGUCUUUGAUUAUUUAGAAGAUAUAAUGGAUAACUAGAGGUUUUCAGUCAGAUUAAAAAGGAUUUUAAAGGAAAGAGAAUAUUAAAUAGAAACAUAAAAAAGAUAUAAGAGGUUUAAAAGAAGAAAGCAGAAAGAAGUUAUUGAAAAAAUAAAGAGUUCUUCAGGAAGUGAUAAUGACUUGACUCUGACAAAAAAUUAUAAAUUAGCUGACUUAUGGGAAAUUCUUAAGGAUAACUUGUUAAAAUUAAAUAAAAUGAGCCAGAUUUCAAUCGAAACAGAAGAAUUGAGUUGUGAAGAGUUUGUUUAAUUUAUCAACGAUGUAGGAUUUGAAAACUAAAACAUUUUAAAAGUAUUUUUUGAGGAAAUGAAAACAUUGAGAGUUGGAAGGCAGCAGUCGAUAUCUAAGAACUCUUCUGAUUAAAGCUAGUUUAUAAUAAAAAUACGACUGUUUAUGGUGAACUUUUAAAAGUAUAUGGAUAAUAAUGAAAAAAUAAUGUAUUUGCACAGUUAAAAUGCAGUUUAUAUGAGAAAUGUUAGCCUAAAAAAUUACAUAAAUCUCUGGCAUAAAUCAUUCUAGCAAAUAAGGCAAAAGCUAAAGCAAAAAAAAAUACAAGAAUAGUCUUGCUUUAGGUUUUUAAAAGAGGUAAAAGAAAAUGAUGAAGAUGAAAUAGUGUUUGAAUUGGAAGAUUUUUUGCAAGAAAGAUAAAACUAAUUGCAAAAACCAAAAAUUUCUUAUAAAGAAGUAGAAGUACAUAGCGAAGCAACAAAACUUUUGCAAGAAUAAUUAGAUAAAGCUCAUUAAUAAAUAUAGGAAAUAUAUGAUGGGAUUGUAGAUAAAAUGUAGGAUUUUGUUGAUUAAAGGAACAAAUUUUAUAUCUAGAAAAAGUUGUUUUGCAAUCUUUUAAAUAAUAUUGAUAUUUUUCCAGGGGUUGAUGAAUUUAUUGCUUACAUAGAUGAGCAUCUAUUUGAGAUAAAAAGUAACAAGGAGACUGUUUCAAAUUUUUGUUAGAAUUUUAUUGAAGAUAAAGAUACUUUCAAUGAAUUCAACGUGAGUCUAGUUGAAAUAGCUGAUUUUAUAUUCAGUCAGAACUAUGGACAAGAAUAAACUAAAAUAAUAUCAAAGCUUGUUGAAUAAAUAAGAAAAUUGUUCAGAAAGUAAAAAAAUUUGACUGAUAAUAUAGAAAUCAAAGGAGUUUAACUUAUUCACAUGAAUAUUUUUGAAGCUGCAUAAAUCUAUGAAAGAGAAAGUUGUGCAGCUUCAUGA